AUGGUCUUAGAUUGUUCUAGCCUUUGUCCGUCUAAGUCGUGGGUUAUUCUAGUGCCACAUUGUUCUAGCCUUUGUCCGUCUAAGUCAUAUUCUUACUCCGUCCUCUUCCAGAUUCUUGUGAACUCUGUGACUCAGCCUGCCCUGCUCUACGAGAACGUGGUGGUGAGCGAUGGUGAUCCCAUCCACAGAGACCUUCUCUUCAGCCCAGAUCAUCAGCACUUGUAUGCUCUCACUGAUAAUCAGGUUACCCGUGUUCCAGUUGAGAGCUGUGAGCAGUACACGUCCUGUGGAGCCUGUCUGGGAUCAGGAGAUCCUCACUGCGGCUGGUGUGUGCUGCACAAUGUAUGUUCGAAGAAAGAUCGAUGUGAGCGUGCAGAGGAACCACAGCGUUUCACCACCAGGGCAGAACAGUGUGUCCGACUCUCUGUCCAGCCGGACACAGUCUCUGUCACCAUGUCACAAAUUCAGUUGGUUCUUCAGACCCAGAAUGUUCCUAGUCUGUCCGCUGGAGUCAACUGCUCUUUUGAAGAUUUUGUAGAAACUGAGGGGCGGAUCUACGGGGGACGGAUCUUCUGCUUGUCGCCCUCUACGAAAGAGGUCGCCCCCAUAACAAGAGACCAGGGCGAUCAACGUGUCAUUAAGUUGUAUCUGAAGUCAAAGGAAACAGGAAAGAAGUUUGCCAGUGUGGACUUUGUCUUCUACAACUGCAGCGUUCACGAAUCGUGCCUCUCAUGUGUCAACGGGAAAUUCCCCUGUUACUGGUGCAAAUAUCGCCACAUGUGCACACAGGACGCCAGCGACUGCUCCUUCCAGGAGGGACGAGUCAACUCCUCUGAGGAGUGUCCUCAGAUCCUUCCUUCCACCCAGAUCUAUAUCCCUGCUGGAGUCAUGAGGCCCAUCACGCUGCUGGCUCAGAACCUGCCGCAGCCUCAGUCUGGCCAGAGGAACUACGAGUGCAUUUUCAACAUCCAAGGGAACACGCAGUAUGUUCCGGCGCUGAGGUUCAACAGCAGCAGCAUCCAGUGUCAGAAGACCACGUAUGACUACGAGGGCAGUGACAUCAGUGACCUACCAGUCGACCUUUCUGUGGUGUGGAAUGGAAACUUCAUCAUCGACAACCCCUUCAACAUCCAAGCUCAUUUGUACAAGUGCAGAGCUCUGCGGGACAGCUGCGGCAUGUGUCUGAAGGCUGACCCCAGGUUUGAAUGUGGCUGGUGCGUCCAGGACAGGAAGUGCUCUCUCAGACAGGAGUGCACCGGCGGAGGAAACUCCCACCUCCCACUGCAGCUGGCUGAAGGUGCAGGCUGGAUGCAUGCCACGUCUGGGAACAGCCGCUGCACACACCCCAAGAUCAUUAAGUUGUUUCCUGAGACGGGGCCUCGCCAAGGAGGAACUCGGGUGACAAUCCUGGGGGAGAACUUAGGUCUGCAGUUCAGAGACAUCCAGAUGGGGGUCAGGUUGGGCAAAGUGCCCUGCAUUCCAAUGGAGGAGGAAUACGUGAGUGCGGAACGAAUCGUGUGUUUGCUGAACGAUGCCACAGGCUACAGAGUUCAAGAGGCCCAGUUGGAGGUGUGUGUGAGGGACUGUGCAAAUGACUACAGAGCUCUGUCGCCCAGACCCUUCACCUUUGUGACUCCAUACUUUACUCGUAUCCAGCCGUCUCAAGGGCCCAUUUCAGGUGGAACUCGGGUCACCAUCGAGGGGAGUAACCUUAACGCUGGAAGCUAUGUCUCAGUCAGCAUCGGACCUCAGCCCUGCUACUUUAAAAAGAGAAAUGCCCGUGAGAUAGUGUGUGUGACACCCGCCGGGCUUACACCAGGCACUUCAUCGGUGCUGGUGGACAUUGACGAUGCUGAGCUACGGAACCCUGAGGUUAAGUUUAACUACACUGAAGAUCCCACUGUUCUGAGGAUUGAGCCUGAUUGGAGUAUCGCCAGUGGUGGAACCCUACUGACAGUCAGUGGCACCAACCUCGCCACCAUUCGAGAGCCAAAAAUCAGGGCCAAGUACGGGCAGGCAGAAUCCUUUCAUAAUUGUACGGUGUACAACAACUCAAUCAUGGUUUGCCUCGCACCAUCAGUGGCCGACUCUGAGCUUGGGUUUUCAGAAACCGGCACCGGCCCUGAUGAGAUCGGAUUCUUCAUGGACAAUGUCAACGCUUUGGUUGUAGUAAAUGAAACGUUCAGCUACUAUCCCGAUCCUGUGUUUGAGCCACUGAGUCCCUCUGGAAUUCUGGAGCUAAAACCCACAUCGCCACUGAUCUUGAAGGGUCGCAACUUGAUCCCAGCAGCUCCAGGUAACAGUCGACUAAACUACACGGUGCUGAUUGGAGAAACUCCCUGCGUCCUCACCUUGUCUGAAAGCCAGCUGCUGUGUGAAUGGCCCAACCUCACUGGACAACACAAAGUCACGAUUCGAGCAGGAGGCUUCGUCUACUCCCCCGGGACUCUGCACAUCUACUCCGACAGCCUCCUCACACUUCCUGCCAUCAUUGGUAUCGGGGGAGGUGGUGGUCUCCUUCUGUUGGUCAUCAUCGCUGUGCUCAUCGCUUACAAGAGGAAGUCCAGAGACGCAGACCGCACACUGAAACGCCUUCAGCUGCAAAUGGACAACCUGGAGUCCAGAGUGGCUCUGGAGUGUAAAGAAGCCUUCGCUGAGCUUCAGACAGACAUCCAUGAACUGACCCAGGAACUGGACGGAGCUGGAAUCCCCUUUCUAGACUAUCGUACCUACGCCAUGAGGGUCUUGUUCCCUGGAAUUGAGGACCACCCAGUUCUCAAGGAGAUGGAGGUUCCAGCUAAUGUGGAGAAGGCGCUGACACUGUUUGGCCAGCUGCUGACCAAAAAGCACUUUGUGAAAUGUUUUUAGUCCAUUUUAUCAUAGUUUCCAUCUGUUUCCAGGUCUUUUUCAAUGCGGGACAGAGGCAAUGUGGCGUCUCUGAUCAUGACGGCCCUGCAGGGGGAGAUGGAGUACGCCACCGGAGUCCUGAAGCAGCUGCUCUCCGACCUGAUUGACCGAAACCUGGAGAGCAAAAACCAUCCCAAACUGCUGCUCCGAAGAACGGAAUCUGUUGCAGAAAAAAUGCUGACCAACUGGUUCACAUUUCUCCUGUACAAGUUUCUUAAGGAGUGUGCCGGGGAGCCUCUGUUCAUGCUUUACUGUGCCAUCAAGCAGCAGAUGGAGAAGGGACCCAUCGACGCCAUCACGGGAGAAGCUCGUUACUCCCUGAGUGAGGACAAGCUCAUCAGGCAGCAGAUUGACUACAAAACCCUGACUCUUCACUGUGUAAAUCCAGAGAAUGAGAAUUCCUCAGAGGUGACGGUCAAGUGCCUCAACUGUGACACCAUCACCCAGGUCAAAGAGAAGCUACUGGAUGCUGUGUAUAAGGGCAGCCCUUAUUCACAAAGGUCCAAGGCUUCUGACAUGGACCUGGAAUGGCGUCAAGGUCGAAUGGCCAGAAUCAUUCUUCAGGACGAAGAUGUCACCACCAAGAUCGACAACGACUGGAAAAGACUCAACACGUUGGCUCACUAUCAGGUGACCGACGGCUCCGUCAUCGCCCUGGUGCCAAAACAGAACUCUGCCUACAACAUCUCCAACUCCUCCACCUUCACCAAGAGCCUCAGCCGAUACGAGAGUAUGCUGAGGACGGCCAGCAGUCCAGACAGCCUACGAUCACGAACACCAAUGAUCACCCCUGACCUGGAGAGUGGGACCAAGUUGUGGCAUUUGGUAAAGAACCACGAUCACUCAGACCAGAGGGAGGGCGACCGGGGCAGCAAGAUGGUGUCAGAAAUUUACCUGACCAGACUUCUUGCUACAAAGGGUACGUUACAGAAGUUUGUGGACGACCUAUUUGAGACCAUCUUUAGCACCGCCCACAGAGGCAGUGCACUGCCCCUGGCCAUCAAGUACAUGUUCGACUUCCUGGACGAGCAGGCGGACAAACACUCCAUCAAUGACUACGAUGUUCGACACACCUGGAAGAGCAACUGUCUUCCUCUACGAUUCUGGGUCAACGUGAUCAAGAACCCUCAGUUUGUAUUUGACAUUCAGAAGAACAGCAUCACAGAUGCCUGUCUGUCGGUGGUGGCUCAGACCUUCAUGGACUCCUGUUCCACGUCAGAACACAAACUAGGAAAAGACUCACCAUCCAAUAAGCUUCUCUACGCUAAAGACAUUCCUAACUACAAGAACUGGGUGGAGAGGUAUUACUCCGAUAUCUCUCGCAUGCCAGCCAUCAGUGACCAGGACAUGAGUGCCUACCUAGCAGAGCAGUCCCGCCUGCACCUCAGCCAGUUCAACAGCAUGUCUGCACUGCACGAGAUCUACUCUUACAUCGUCAAAUACAAGGACGAGAUUCUUUCAGCGUUACAGAAGGACGAACAGUCACGCAGACAGCGGCUACGCGGCAAGCUAGAGCAGGUCAUUGACACAAUGGCUCUGGCUAGCUGAGGACCAGUCGAGCCCACGGCUGGCAGGAGAACGGCCUCAAACCUUUUGAUGCCAGUGACAUUUUUGACCUUUGACAUUUGUAGUCUGUUGUCAUCACUCACACAAACAAGUCCCAACAGCAGAGGAAAAGACACAGACAUCAAGCAGCAGCAGCAGCACACUGAAGAGUCUGGAUAUAAAAUCCCGGUGUUUGGGUUGUUAUUUUGUUUUUGUUUUUUUGCUUUUUAUUAUUCGUCCUGAGCCACCAAACCUGCCGUGAACAACCAAAACAAUCAAUCAGCCUCAGCAGACAUGGACCUCAGCUCAGGAGAGAGGCUGUUCUUAUCAAAGCCCUCAUCACAUUGAGAAUCCAGACCAUGGCUCCAUUCAGGACUGGCACAUGUACAGUGGUGAUGAGAAACUCCAUGAUGAUGAAGGUCAUCAGCUGGCAGCCUUCCAAAGCCAAGUCUACAGAUCCACAUUGAAGCCUAUAAAAGUCCAGGAUCGUUACCUUGAUACUUGAUCCCAUUCUCGGUUCUCUUGCCUUCUUUCUUCUAAGUCAGCGGGAGCAUCAGCCAUGGAUCUGGAGAGAUUUUAUUUGUUGCUUGAAGAGAUUUUGCAGAUUGGAUGCUUGGCAACAAAGACUGCUGCGGCAAUCGCAAGCAACCACAAGGAAGUACUUUUACAGGGAAAUUCCUUCUCAAAUACUUACUCUCCAACUUCACUUUACUCUUACAAAGGUCACUUCCUCUUUCACCACUUGGCUUUUGAUUUAUGAUUGCAUUCUCUUGCCUCCUUCAACUGCCUACUCUCCUCCGUGCUGUGCCACUUGUGUUACUGCUGAAUUUGCACAACAAAGUUAAAUCAAAAGAGAAGAGGAUAUAUGAAUAUAUAUAUAUAAAUAUAUAAAUAAGAACUUUUUGGUUUUUAAAACAACUGAGAUGAUUGUUUUGUUUGAUUUUUUUUUUUUUUUUUGUCAAAUGUACAAAAGAUACUUUUUUCGAGAUGAUUUGAUAUCUCCUAGAUGAAUAAUUCUGAAAACGAGAGGAAAAAGUAAUCGUCCCGUGCCAUGUUUCCUUGAAUGUCGUUUAGUGCAAAGACUCUUUUUGUCGGAUGAAAUGUACUAUUUUAAAAAUGUCUUGCUUAAAGACUUGAAGCAAGAGUUUGAAAAAAAAAAUAGAUGAAUGUUCUUGAAAACAUAGAACACAGGUUAGUAAGAACAGAACAGAUCUGGAACCCGUUCUGCCUGUAAGCCAAACCACCCUGCAGUGCUUUUGUGUUUGUUUAGGAUAAACCAAAUACAUCAGACUUUCAGUAGGUGAAACUCUCUGGUAGGGGACUACAUGUAAAGUUGUUAGACAGUCGAAUCUAAGUUUACCCUUGGCCCACUCUGCCCUGCUGAUCAUUGAUAUCGUUUCAUGGACUUCUGCUCUUGUCUUCAAACACUUUACUAAGAUAUUCCUGCCAAAAUUAAGGCUUGUUAUGUUAAUAAUGGGAAGACGGUGAAAACUAUGUAAUUUAAUUUUGGCUUGUCUAUUUUCUCCUAGUCCUCAGUGAAUACUUUAAAAGCUUAAGGCUCCAUUUUUGAAAAUGUGAAUGUGUUUUAUGAAGCGCUAAUGAAAUGUAGCUUGACUCAUGUGAGUGUCUUUGUCCUAGCUGAAGGAGUCCUUUCUCAGUUCCGUGGUUUUACAGGGGCAAAGGGGUUAAGGAGGCCUGCUUCGGCACACCGACCUCUGAGUGCUUUGGGAAACCUACAUACGUGAACAAGACAUUCCUUUCUCUUCUAAAUGUAAAAAUGGUCAAAGACUGAUGCAGGGAGCUGACGGACAGAAUGCAUUCAAACCAGGGUGAAGUCUAUAUUACAAAUACAGUGUUAUGUAUUGACUCAGAAGCAGACCACACAUAUUUAUAUCUGUAACUUACUUUGACGUAAAAAGAGAAAUUGAAACAGUGAAACUUUAAAGCAGUGGUUCUCAGGUGAUGGGAAACUUAUUUUAAUGGAAUCAGGAGGGACUAUAAAAUGCUGAGAUAAUAUUUUGUGAAACAUCCUGUUCAUCAUUAUAGUCUAGUCUGCCAUUCUCUCAACAACGUAAAAUCAGAUUUUUAUUUAUUUUUAUUUUUUUAACACAAUGUGGCUAAAUUACACUUGGUAUGCGUCACUUUCCCUCUCACAUAGCCAAACUUUGCUAAGUCACUGUUUUUAACCUUUCCCUUCCUGUGCUUUGCUGCUACCUUAGCAACGAUAGCAGAGACAUCUCUUUGUCACUUUAUAGCCAGCAUAGUUGCUACUGAAAAUGACAGAUAAGUUAUUUGAAAAUUCAGCUCCUAACUACAAAAUUGAAAUUGUUGAAAGAAAUGGCUGAAGGCAUGUUGCUGUUGACGUUAGCAUUGUUAAAUCUUCGUCUCUGCUUGUCCACAGGCUGCAGCAAUAACAGCAGAGUUGCUGUGAUUGUUUUUCUGUUGAGAAAGAUAAGAAUUCCAACACAAAAAUAAAUUAUAGAACAAGAGGGUUGGGAUUUAAACUGGUUCACACUCUUGGUGGCACUGUUGUUAGCUGUUAGUUACAUAGCUCUCUUAUUAGCUUGCAAUAUGUAAUAAGACUGUGACCGAGAUAACUCUUAUAAAACCUGACACUUAAAAAAAAAAGAAAAUCACAGUCUACUACAAUAUGGAAUCAUUUUUGAGAUAGCAGUCGUGUUAUUUAUUAUUUUUCUGUUUUCCUUUUCAAUGAAGCACAAAAGUCUAAUUAACAAAAUAUAUUGUUUUGUUUUCUAACAGAACUGAAAAUAUGGCCCAGAAUGUAAAUUGUGUUUCUAAAUUAUGAUCUCCUGCAUUCCUUUAUUUGUUGAGUCAGAGGUACCACAUGGUUCACACUGGUACUUUAAAAGACCUUUGCUUAUAUUUUUUCAGUCCUCAAAGGCAAUAACAUAAAUACAAUUUCAGUGAAGAAUAGCUGUGUUUAAGUGAAGAAGUGGAGACAGCACAAGAUUUUUCUGAAGCAGCCUUUCAUGUUGCUGGCUGGUGUAGUGAACCCAUUUUUGGUUCAUAUCCCACUAUUUAAGAAACACUGCUUUAAAGGUGUAUGGACAUCAUUUGCCAAUCUUCCUCUUUUCCUGAGCUUCCAUUGCAUUUUUUUCUGUCAAUGCUACUUUUGAAAAAGUUUCAUUGUGUUCAACAGUGAAACUGCUACACAGAGACCUUAGAACCCAGGGAGUUCAUAAAAGGUAUGUUCUAUCCCAAGUAGAAUCGUAUCAGUUUAACAAACAUAAUAAAAAUCAGUUUAGACAAACUGACUUCUUCCCUCUAGACGAUGGAUUAUUUUGUCUGCAGUAAAUACUGCACAGUAAAAUCCAUCACAGUAAAGUAAACUCAGUCACACAGUUUAACAGUAAUGGCUUUUAGCUGCUAAGCUAAUAUUUCAAACAUUCGUCAGAAAAGAUGUUCAUUCUUAUAUAUAAUGAUAUUACAUAUCUCAGUACAAACAUCUUAAAAAGCACAUUUUCAAGGAUGACAUGAUAAUACGUUUUGUUCUCUACAAAGUAAUAAUAUUUAUGAAAUCCAGUAAUUGAUAUUUAAACAAUUUAAACUUCCCUGUCACUGAGUUGUUCCUGGUGCUAACAACAGCAUGAGUGCAUUGCUUUCCACAGUUUUUACCAUUUUUAAAACCCUUUAAAAAUCCACUCCAUAUUUAAGCGUAGAUCAUUGAAGAUGCUUUAUUUUUCCAUCUGAAGGACUAAAAUGUACUGUAUGUGCUUUCAUACUUGAACCACUUCUACACAGGGUAAAAAUAAACAUGUACAGGUCACCAAAGCUUCUUCAGCCACAUCAGGGGAAGCAUCCUCUUGUCAAAUGUUAUUCAUUUCAUUUUCAGUUCUUCCACAAAAUUGAUUUUAGCGCUCUGUCUGAAAGGAGUCUCAAACCAUGAAAGAAAUCAAAUAUGUGAAGGUGUUUAAUUACUGACUAAUUCAUAGAUAUUGUCUUCAUAUUGACGAGCGGAUAAACUGGGACAGUGUUGCUUCCAUGCACAGGCACUCGUCAACAUAUUUGGUUCAAAUCAAUCAGGUGCAGAUGUGGACCACUUGAAGAACGGAAAAAAUAUUUUAAGAAAAAAAAGUUUUGCUUUGUUGAUAUCUUUGUAGAUGGGGUUUAAAAAAGGAAGAAAAAAAGUUGAAGGCAGGAGAAAACCCUCUUGGUCUCUGAUACUUUUGUUUCUUAGCGCUGCGUCUUGUUUGGUGCUUCAUCACUUGUUGGGGUAGAAGAUGAAAAGACUUGUGAGAGGCAGAAGAAACGCUUUGAAGGAGAUGCUUCUGCUUCAUUUUCUAUUCUGUUGCAUCUGUGCUAUUCACUUUUUUCCAGAUAGAAAGAGACAGUUAAAAAGAGAGAGAGAGAGAGAGAGAGAGAGAGAGAGAGAGAGAUACAGUACAUGGAGGGCAACAUAUGCAGAGCAUCCCCCGGUGCCUUGUCAGCCUCCUCUCCAUAUGGAUUAUUUAUUUUUAUUCCAUUAAGUACAAUUUGAAGUAGGAGAUCAAAAGGUCACACAGUCAUCUGAAUAUGUAACUUUUGCUUUUAUUGUAAUGGUGUGGUGUCAGGGAAAAUGUAACCUUAGCUUGGCAUUAAAUAUGUAGGAACUUUACUGGUUGUAAUUCUUAAUUAAAGAAUAAGGUUAGGUAAUUUUAUUUUACUAAAGGAGAACAUUGGUUUAUUUUAACAUAUAUCUCUGUUGCUGAACUCUACCAUUAUAACAUAUCUCACUUAAUAAUAGGUCCAACCAUCAUGGUGAACUGAACUGGGUUUUCUGUACCCUGCCCAUUGACAGCCGGGAAUGGCUGUAGUUCAUCUGCAAUUCUGCAGAGGAUUAAACGGUAAACAAUGAAUGAACCUCAUUAAGAACCCCAGGACUGGCUAAUAUGGACUUAAAGUAGCAGAGAACUACUUUUUGUUUGUGCAUUCAUUUCAACUGAGUCAGACAUGUACAAUGUUUCCUUCUUAGCAGCAUUUCAUGUUGCAUUAUUCUGGGAAUAUAGUUUUGAGCAUGAUUACAGACACAGUCUAAAGGCUGGUAUAGUGCCAUCAGGUGGUGUCUGGUGGUCUUUUGUUUCCAUGUUCUCCCUGUGGUGGAGGUUUGUUGGCCAACUGUCCAGUGUGUACUCCAUCAAUACACCAAUGACUUCUGGGACAGGAUUCUAUUCCACUCACCAGCCGUCAACAGAAGAUAAUGACUAAGUCAAUGAGUACUUUUAGACAACAGAGAUUUGUGUUGAAAUCAACCAGGUUCUUCUCAUAGCCACAGGGUUAGAAUACACAUCAUCAUAUGCUGUAGUUUUAGACUACCAAAAGAUUGAGACUCAACUGAAGCUGUAAGCAGUGAAAAGACCAUCAAAAGAAGAAUUCAAACUUAAUAUUCUCAUAGUAGCAAAAAUAUAAACAUGUAAAACUGUUCCACAUCAGCUAUCCACGAUGUGGGCCACAGAAUUUUACAUCCUGGACACCUGGCUAUGGUUGGCCAUGCAACCAACUUUGCCAUGAUUAUUGAUACAAAAUGCUAGGCUAAGACAGCAUGACACUCAGCACAGAGAUAAUGUUUGUACAUUUUAACUUCUCUCUUCUACUUAAAAACGUCUUCAUAUUUAUUUUGACAAACAACAAAUGCAUAUAAAACACCAACAUUCUAUUUAUCAUUUCGGGUCAUGCAAAUCUCCAGCUUUUUUCCUUCUACUUUUAACUCCUCCACAUCCUCACCUGCUGAGUUCACUUUGAUUAAAGUACAUUUCAGAUGAGUAUAGGACACAGAAAAUACACACCCACAGAUUAAGAGGUGGGAGAUGGGGGGAGAAAAAAGAAAAAAAAACUUAGCAGAGUUUUAAUACUUUGUGAAUACUGAUACCUUUUUAAGAGUUUCAGAUGUGAAGCUGCUGUGACAGGUCCUGGCUGUUUCAUGCCUGUGUAAAUAUUCUGCUCUUUCCUAUUUCGCAGAUUUAUUACGUGUAAAUAGACACUCAUCAAGAAGAGAUUAAACAUGGGUUUUUUUUUUGCUAAA